ACUGCUUUAAUGUCAGAUUCAAAACAAGGAAAAAGUGAGAAAAAGGGAAUGAUCCUUCCCUUCCAACCAUUGACAAUGACUUUCCACAAUGUCAACUAUUAUGUUGAUAUGCCAAAGGAAAUGCGUUCUCAAGGUGUCCCAGAGACAAGACUACAGCUGUUAUCAAAUGUGAGCGGAGUCUUUUCACCUGGUGUUCUUACAGCUUUAGUUGGAUCAAGUGGUGCGGGGAAAACUACGUUGAUGGAUGUUCUUGCUGGUCGAAAGACAGGUGGAUAUAUAGAGGGAGAUAUUAGAAUCUCUGGUCAUCCAAAAGAACAACGAACGUUUGCUAGGAUCUCCGGGUAUGUUGAGCAGAACGAUAUACAUUCUCCUCAAGUCACUGUUGAAGAGUCACUAUGGUUUUCGGCUAGCCUUCGUCUUCCUAAAGAGAUAAGCAAAGAGAAAAAGAAGGAAUUUGUGGAAGAAGUAAUGAGACUUGUAGAGCUUGAUACUCUGAGAUACGCUUUAGUAGGGUUACCUGGUACAACAGGACUUUCUACAGAACAGAGGAAACGUCUAACAAUUGCGGUUGAGUUAGUAGCAAAUCCAUCAAUUAUUUUCAUGGAUGAACCAACAUCUGGACUUGAUGCAAGAGCAGCUGCAAUUGUCAUGAGAACUGUAAGGAACACUGUUGACACUGGAAGAACAGUGGUUUGCACCAUUCAUCAACCAAGCAUUGACAUUUUCGAGGCCUUUGACGAGCUGCUUCUAAUGAAACGAGGGGGACAGGUUAUAUAUUGUGGGAAAUUGGGUAAACACUCACAGGUUCUUGUAGAUUACUUUCAGGGGAUUAACGGAGUGCCUGCAAUAUCAAGUGGUUACAAUCCAGCAACUUGGAUGCUUGAAGUAACUACGCCUGCUUUGGAAGAGAAAUAUAACAUGGACUUUGCAGAUUUAUACAAGAAUUCUGACCAAUUUAGAGGAGUGGAGGCAAACAUCAAGCAGCUUAGUGUUCCACCAGAAGGUUCAGAGCCAAUAAGCUUUACUUCAAGAUAUUCACAGAACCAACCAUCUCAAUUUCUACUCUGCCUCUGGAAACAGAACCUCGUCUACUGGAGAAGUCCAGAGUACAAUCUCGUGAGAUUGGUCUUCACAACGAUUGCUGCGCUUAUACUCGGCACAGUUUUCUGGGACAUUGGUUCCAAGAGGACUUCCUCUCAGGAUUUAAUCACUGUAAUGGGGGCUCUCUACUCGGCUUGUCUAUUUCUUGGAGUUAGUAACGCUUCAUCGGUACAACCAGUCGUGUCAAUCGAAAGAACGGUUUUUUACAGAGAGAAAGCGGCAGGAAUGUAUGCUCCAAUUCCGUAUGCGGCUGCUCAAGGUCUUGUGGAGGUACCUUAUAUUCUCACCCAAACCAUCCUCUAUGGUGUCAUCACAUACUUCACCAUUGGUUUUGAAAGAACACUCAGCAAGUUUAUAUUGUAUCUGGUGUUCAUGUUCCUCACCUUCACCUACUUCACCUUCUAUGGCAUGAUGGCGGUUGGUUUCACUCCGAAUCAGCACUUAGCCGCGGUUAUAUCCUCUGCGUUCUACUCUCUCUGGAAUCUCCUCUCUGGUUUCCUCGUCCAAAAACCUUUGAUUCCAGUGUGGUGGAUAUGGUUCUAUUACAUAUGUCCAGUGGCGUGGACACUUCAAGGAGUGAUCCUUUCACAGCUUGGUGAUGUGGAGAGCAUCAUCGACGAGCCAACGUUCCAUGGCACGGUGAAGGAGUUUAUUGAACUUUACUUCGGCUACAAGCCAGAUAUGAUGGGUGUAUCUGCAGCAGUUCUAGUCUGUUUUUGCGCUCUCUUCUUCUCUUGCUUUGCACUUUCAAUCAAGUACCUCAAUUUCCAGAGAAGAUAGAAGUCCUCCUAUGUUAUAUCACUUUCAUAUUUUUGGCCUGCCUUUUUCACUGGUGUUCCGUUCUACGAGUAGUAGUUAGGAUUUUUUCUAUGUUUUACCACAGAGAGACCUCUAUAGUUAGCUUUUCUUGACAUUGACGAAAAAAAAAGAAACCCAAGUAAAUAAAAUUCUGUUUUGCUCUGUUUAGUGCUAUUUUUUGGUAGUUUUGUACACUUAACACACUGAAUAUGUUGUUGGUUGAUCUGGUUUUUUUUUUUUGGAAUGUUUCACAUUUAACCCAUGAAUAUGCUAGUUCAUUUAGCGUC